GUCUCAACGGAUGGGAUGCUGCUCCGUGAAGCUAUUGGGGCCCUGCUGAGGAAGUACAGUGUGGUCAUCCUGGAUGAAGCCCACGAGAGGACAAUCCAUACUGAUGUGCUCUUUGUGGUGAAAGCUGCACAAAAGAAACGAAAGGAACUGGGCAAACUGCCACUGAAGGUGUGUGUGUGCCCCUGGGAUGACAGUGAUCAUCAGUCAGCUACCAUGGAUGUUGACCAGUUCUCCAGUACUUCAAUGGGGCUCAGUUCUCUAUUUAGAAGGCCGGCAGCAUCAUCCCAUCCAGAUCUCUACACCAAGCAGCCUCAGAGUGAUUAUCUCCAAGCAGCACUGGUCUCUGUCUUCCAAAUCCACCAGGAAGCCCCCUCUUCCCAGGACAUCCUGGUCUUCCUGACUGGUCAGGAAGAAAUUGAAGCAAUGACCAAGACCUGCAGAGACAUUGCCAAGCACCUCCCCGAGGGCUGCCCACAGAUGGCAGUGAUGCCUCUUUAUGCUUCCCUGCCCUACUGCCAACAGCUCCGUGUCUUUCAGGCUGCCCCUAAGGGCUGUCGCAAAGUGAUUCUCUCCACCAACAUUGCUGAGACCUCCAUCACCAUCACAGGAAUCAAGUAUGUUGUGGACACAGGCAUGGUCAAAGCAAAGAAGUACAGCCCUGAAAUUGGCCUGGAAGUGCUGGCAGUCCAGAGGGUGUCAAAGGCUCAGGCUUGGCAGAGCGGCAGGAGGAGAGCAGGGAGAGAGAGGGUCUGCUACCGGCUCUACACAGAGGAUGAGUUUGAGAAGUUUGACAAAAUGACAGUUCCUGAGAUACAGAGGUGUAACCUGGCCAGUGUGAUGCUUCAAGCUCCCUGGCCCUGAGAAAUUCCCAAUGUUACCUUUGACUUCAUGUCCAAACCAUCUCCUGAUGCUAUCCAAGCAGCAAUUGAGCCUGACCUGCUGGGAGCUGUUGGAAGCAAGAAAGGAAGAAUCAGUUUGUCCUGACCCCCCCUGGAAGGAAAGAUGGCAGCCUUUCCACUGGAACCAAAGUUCUCUAAAACCAUCCUGCCUGUCCCCCAAACAUCUCCACUGCACAGAGGAAUGAUCCUGGACCAUUCGAUCGGCACUGCUAGGCAGUGGACAGUGUACUCUCUACCAGCACUCCAGCGCCGCAAGGGACGGAAAGUGCCAUAUCUGUCAGGGAGAAAAUUCAUUCUCCAAGAAUGGUGCAAAGAGAACUUUGUGAAACAGCAGGAACAUGUUGCUUGUGUCAGAUGUCAGAGCUCAACUCAGGAACAUUGUGUCAAGCUCUCCAUGCCCAUCGAGUCCUCCCGCUCCGACACCGGCAGCGUCCGCCGCUGCCUGGCUCACAGCCUCUUCAUGAACGCCGCCGAGCUGCAGCCAGACGGCACCUACAGCACCCUGGACUCCCACCAGGUGGUGAAUAUCCACCCUUCCUCUGUUCUCUUCCACUGCAAGCCAGCCUGCGUGGUGUACAACGGGCUGCUGCACACCAACAAGUGCUACAUGAGGGACCUGUGCGUGGUGGAUGCCGAGUGGCUGUACGAGGCAGCGCCCCAGUACUUCCGCAGGAAGCUCCGCACAGCCAAGAACUGACCUCUGCUUGAGGGACUGAAUGGCCUUAAAGGUUCUUGAAUCAUCAAGGGUUUGUGCCUUUUGCUCUGGUGUUUCUUCCCCUUCUGCCUCCCACGACCCCCUCCCAGUUUAUGCUUUGGUUUUUCCAUUGGAAGGCUGGAGCUUGGCGUUGUCAAGAACCUCAGAUUGACCAUUAGUGUCUCUUCUUUUCUCUGCCAUUUACCGAUCUCUUCCUGGUGAAGGAAAGUGGCAAUACCAAACCUAGUUGUCUUUUUAAGUACUGCAAUUAAGAAAAUAGUGCCACUAAGUCUAUUCUUUAAUGUGAAAGAAAGUGGAGUUAUUAUAUUGCCACUGUGAGGUGGUAGUGGGAAAAACGUAGGUAGUUUCUAAACGAUAUCCUAAGUAUUUUUUAAAUACCUCUCUGGGAGAGGGAACUCCAGUUUCAGCAGUCUAGUAAUUUAAUAAUAUGUAGUACUAUGUAGUUAUCAUAUGCAGUGUAUUAUAAUUUGUAGGAAUUUAUACAGAUUUUUGGGUGAGUGGAAUAAAAGGUGUCUGAAAGGGUGUGGGUGGGGAAGCUGCUCUGCAGACCAUGUUACCCUCAGUGUAACAUGGGGUUAGGUUAUAUGGACUGUGGUGGGAUUGUGGUGUUUGGGCCUUGUAUCCUUCAAAUAGCAACUUUUCUUUUUUAAUAAAAAAAAACUUAUGAGAUUAAUAGUGCUGCAUCAUGGCUGUUGUCAAACUCCUUUUGCUCAGGGAGAGCUGCUGGCUUUGCUGGUGACCUGUGGGGACAACCUGCAUCUGGCAUGUACUAAUUAGUCCUUUCUGGUUACACAACACAUUGUGAGAUGCCUUUUCUUUGGCCUCCAGGAUUGGCUUGCUUUGUGUUCCCCUCAGAAAACUCUGUCCUUUAGUUUAUUUUUUUAUUGACUGAAAUGCCACUCGUGCUGAUCUGCAAAUCUGUGUCUCCCAACGAGGGUAAGUAGGUACCCAGUGAACUCAGGUAGGUAGGGACCCCUCUCACAGCCUGUUCUGGGAAGGGUGACACAGAAUGUCUGCAGGGGGGCAGUGGAAAUGCAUCCUGGCUGUAUAGAAGGCUCCAGUUUUGUGUUGGUAUUUCAGGAGUACCCAGCUAUUCAGCUGUUCUCACUCACACGAGUUUGCAGGGAAUUACCAAAGCCCUGUUAAGAUGUGUGUCUUGGGUUUACAGACUCUGCAUCUGUAGGGGAAAAUGGAGUAUGUGUGCACAGUUUGUUUGGGCAGUCCAACUGACAUCCUUUUAGGGCAAGGGGGGGUGAGUGUUUGUUUAGAACUAAUUUGUAUAUUUUUCCCAAAAUAAAGAAGCCAUGGCAAAAA